CAUCGGGUGGGAACCCCAUCUCAAGUUCGCAGAAGCCUUUCUACCACCAUUGCAAGUCGUCGUUUGCGAGAAAAAAAGGUUGCGCGGAGCUGCUUUGGCUAGGUGGCAGUAAAAAAAAAUGUGUUAGGAUUCCAUGUUGGUUUGGUUAUUUGUGCUCCAACACGCUCUACUUGAAUGGCACGUAUAGUAUGCAGAUAAAAACUGUGCCCCCACUGUUAGAGCCUCUACUUCAAAGGCCCGCACAG